AUGUUCGAUUCAUUGAGAUUUAGCCCCAUCAAAUUCAACAUACUCUCUAUUGUAACUUUUGCUUUGAUCACCUUAGUUAUUAUUUCCGCUAACAGUUUGUUUUCUAAUAAUCUUUCAAUCUAUUGUGUUGCUGAUGAAAACAGAAGCAAUCAUCGGGAGUUGCAGACUCAUAAAAUAUCACAACUGUUGAAAUCAACUUCGUCAGAUGAUCAAGUAAGGAUUAAACUCACUGAAAAGGUUGCUGAAGAAAAAGGAAGAAUCCCAGAACUGAAAUUGUUUGAGUCUACGAAUUUGAUGCCAAAAUUUGAUUCUAGAGUUGGGAAAUUCUUUAGCAGAUACAAGUGCAAGGUACAGUUCUUCAUGACAUGGAUUUCUCCGGCAGAAUCAUUUGGAAGUAGGGAAUUCUUGGUCGUCGAGAGCCUGUUCAAAACAAAUCCCACAGGAUGUUUGAUUAUUCUCUCGAAUACUAUGGAUUCUAGACGUGGAUAUAGGAUUUUGAAACCUCUGAUUAAACGUGGCUAUGGAGUUGAAGCAAUCACCCCCAACUUGUAUUCGUUAUUCAACAACACCCCAUCUGAAAAAUGGUUCAAUGAUAUCAAAAAUGGAAAAAGGGACCCUGGGGAAAUCCCUCUGGCCCAGAAUUUAUCCAACCUGAUUAGGCUAGCAGUUCUAUACAAGUAUGGAGGGGUUUAUUUGGAUACAGAUUUUAUCGUAUUAAAGGAUUUUUCGGGUUUGAGGAAUUCAAUUGGAGCGCAAAGUAUUGAUCUCAAUGGAAACUGGACAAGAUUAAAUAACGCAGUGCUUGCGUUUGAUAAAAAGCAUCCUCUUCUGUACAUGUUCAUGGAGGAAUUUGCUUUAACUUUUGAUGGGAAUAGAUGGGGACACAAUGGCCCAUAUUUGGUUUCAAGAGUGGUAGAUAGGGUGGAAAAAGCAAAAGAUUUUAACUUUACUGUUUUACCACCAAUGGCUUUCUAUCCGGUGGAUUGGAUUCGGGUGGCCAGAUUUUUCGCCCGGCCUAAUGGCCAGAAUGGCGAGAAAUGGAUCGAUGCCAAGCUAAGGCAUCUCACGAGGGAGGCCUAUGGGGUACAUUUAUGGAAUAGGCAAAGUAAUAGAAUCAAAAUUGAAGAGGGAAGCAUCAUAGAUAGAUUGAUAUCUGAUCGCUGCAUCAUAUGCAAACAUACGUAUAGUUCUUGA